AUGGAAGCGAAAAAACGCGGUGAUCAUGCUGAAGAGAAACAAGAAUCUGUAGUGCUAUCAUCAGCUCCCACAAUCAUGAAAAUAGCAAGACAAAGAUUACUCAAUCAUAUCGCGCAGAAAUCUGAUGCUUACUCCAUCAUUUUUAAUCCCCCUACUGCCAAUUCUGGUCUGUCUCCUGAACUAGAGCAGGAUUUGGACUUAGCUGAACUACUUCAAGCUUCUGCUCAACUGGUUGCAACUCGAAAAUUUGACCGUGCUACAAAGUUUCUAAGCUUGUGUGACCAGUCUGCUUCUGCUGCAGGUACUCCAGUCCAAAGAGUUGUGUAUUAUUUUGCUGACGCUCUUCAGCACAGAAUCGAUAGGGAGAUAGGGAAAAUGCCAAUUACUAGAGAAGCAGAUAUUGAAGCGUAUUCUAAUGACGUAGAAGAGCUUGUCAUGGAUUUAGAACCUGCUGUAUUUGCAAAAAGACCAUUGUUUCCUUAUCGCCAGGUCACUUCAUUCACCGGAAUACAAGCUAUAUUAGACAGUACAAAGACUGCAAAAAGGGUUCAUUUGAUUGAUCUAUGUAUAAAAAGCGGAUCACAUUGGACAACAUUUAUGCAAACUCUAGCUGAUCGAGACGAAUGCCCACUCAAGCAUCUAAAAAUAAGUUCUGUUGGAAGGUCUAAAAAGAAGAUGGAAGAUGUAGGGAGAAGAUUGUCAGCUUUUGCUGCUGAGACAUUAAACAUAUCAUUUUCCUUCAAAACAGUUGUGUCAGACCUGAGGAAUCUUAAAUCUGAGUCUUUUGAAGUAGAGGCUGAUGAAGUUGUCGCAGUUUACUCAGAUGUCAUUCUUUGGACCAUGUUAGCAUGGCCUAACGAUAUGGAUUCUUUGAUGGAGGUUAUUAAAAGCCUUAAUCCUUGCAUAAUUGUGCUCGUCGAGGGAAUAGCAAACACAUAUCUACCCGAUUUUAUAGAUUCUUUCAAUGAAACUUUAUAUUACUUUAGUGCAUUAACUGAUUGUUCUGAGGUUCUCCACAAGGGUGUACCAAUAUAUGAAGGAUUUUACAUACAAAAAGUUAUCAGAAAUAUGAUAACAUAUCAUGGAGAAGAGAACGUUCCCCGCCAUGGGAAUCUUAAAGUGUGGAGGGACUUAUUUGCCAAGUUUGGUAUGGUGGAAACAGACCUGAGCCAUUUAUCCUUGAUCGAAGCAAGUUUACUGUUUGAUAAGUCAGAGUUCCGCGGAUUAUGCACCUGUGAGUUGGAUGAGAAAUGUCUAGUUAUCAGGUGGAAAAAAACUCCAAUGAUCUGUGUUUCUGCUUGGAAGUUCCAACACUGA